AUCGGACGAAUCUACUAAUCUACCGACACAGGAUGCGUAUAAUUUGCCCUAUUCAGGAACAUAUGGGCGGCGCAGCGGUUGUGGUUCCCCGAACCUAAGAAGUCUACAGAAGGAUUGAGGCACCAGGAACAGAGGCAAGGGGCCAUGAACUCCCCAUUUCACGUUCGGUCGAGUAGGACAGGGCCCGGUAUUGCCGAGAGGGCCAAUGUGUUAUUUGCCUACCUUUUGCUUCGGUAAAGGUGAGGAUUACGAGGUAUUUGCAUCAUAUCGAUCCAAUUUCUUCGAUAUUGGCCUAGGCAGAUUUAUAUAAGGGGAUAACAUAUCAAAGCAAGCCAACGCUUACCUAUCGAGCUAAUCAGCCGUUCCAUUUCCAUCAGCCAUAUCUCCUACCUACCUAAAUCAAAUUAGAAGUCGUCAGAAUGCGCGGCGCUUUCUUUUUGGCACAGGCUGCCCUGUGGCUGCUAGGCUCGAACGCUCUUCCCAGUGUGAUUCCUCUCCUCGAUGAUAUCACCACCGACAUUCCGGACACUUUGCGCCUCAACGAGACAUACGGGGCGCCAGACAACGACUUUGGCUGCAAGAGCCAACGGAACCCGGUCGUCUUACUUCAUGGGCUCUCGGCGAACCGCGACGUCGAUCUCAACAAGCUGCAGUGGGAGCUCAACCGGCGCGGCUACUGCACCUUCUCCCAGACCUACGGCGCAUGGGAUGCCGUAAAGUGGAUCGGUGGCCUGCGGCCCAUGGCAGAUUCGGCAAAGGACAUUGCGGCAUUCGUCCGCGAAGUGCGGGAUAAGACCGGCGCCAAGAAGAUAGAUAUUGUAGGCCACUCGGAAGGAGGCGUGCAGGCGAUCUACGUGCCGAUGACGCAAGCCGGGAUCUCGGACAUGGUCGAGCACGUGGUUGCCCUGGGGCCGGCGAUCAAGGGCGCGAAGUACUACGGCUUCACGGACUUGUGGUAUCUGGGCGGGGCGGCGACGCGGAAAAUCGCCAAGGUGGUGCAGGACGCGCUGGGCUGCCCGGCCUGCGACGACAUGAUGACGGGCGGCGCCGUGUACGGCGACUUCAAGAGCGCGCGGAAGAUCGUGCAGCCUGGGAACAAGGUCACGGUCAUCAUGUCCAGGUCGGACACGCUGGUGGCGCCGGAGGUCAGCCGGAUCGAUGAAGAGGGGGCGGCGAACGUGUUCGUGCAAGAUGUUUGUCCCGACGAUCCCGUGGGACAUGCGGGGCUGAUGUGGGAUAGGAGUGUGUGGCGGCUGAUCGUGAAUGCGUUGGAGGAGAAUGAUGAUGCGGUGUUUGCGUGUGAGAAGGGGCUUCCAAUUUAACAUGCAUACCUAGAUAUCUACUGCAUGUACCUAAUACCUAUAAGAUGCCUACUAGAUCUACAAGAUAAAUGACAUGUCAACUCAAGAGAUGCACACACUAUUGCGAGGGGCCUCCCAUUGGCGGGUGGGUUUCAGCUGAGUGUUCAGCUGUUCAAUGACAUCUGCUAAUUAACGCCACGCCACGCGCAAGAUAAGGGGGGCGACUAUGACUAGAC